AUGGCCACCACGUGGAGCAAUUCGUCUUCUUUCAGCGAUUUUCAUGAAGAAGAAGAAGAGUAUAUUCCUAGUGAAAGUGAAAAUGUGUCAACAGAUACUGAUAAUGAGGUUGAAUUACCACAAACACCAUUCAAAGGCCGGAAGCGAAAAUCACAUCCCGAGCUCAGCAAACAAGGCCUUCGCAAACGACAAGUGAAAAGUGGAGAAGAGCAUCUAUCAAGCAAAAACAACCUAGUUCGAAAUAAAGGAUGUAUUCUCAGCAAUUGUUGCAGGGUCUGCAAGCUGAAUUGUCCGGAAAAAAUCAGCGAAAUUCGACAAAUGGAAAUUUUUCGUCACUUCUAUGCAAUAGAUUGGACCGCCAAAGAUGCUUUUAUUUCUGGACAGAUUAUAGUAGAGCCUGCCAAAAGAAAAUUCUCCAAAAAAGAAGUUUCUAGGCGACAAAAAACUAGAACUUACAGACUGCAAGAUGUAGAUGGAAAUGACCAUAGAGUAUGUGAAGUUUUCUUCAAAAGCGUCUUGGAUGUAUGCGAUGGUAAAAUCACUAAAGCUCUAAAGAGAAAAUCGGCUUCGGGAACUCCUGUUUCGGACAAACGAGGGAGACAUACGCCACACAAUAAGACCAACUUGGAGGAUACAAAUUACUUGAAAGAGUUUAUAACAAAGUUUCCGGUAUACGAAUCACAUAACUGUCGUCAUCACACUGCCAAGAAAUACUUGCCACCAAAUUUAAACAUAUCUCUUAUGUACGCCGAAUAUAAAAGAUGCUGUGAAACGGACCAAAGAAAAAUAUCAUCUCUUUUUGUUUUUAGAGAUGUGUUCAACCAUUCGUUUGAUUUGUCAUUUCACAGACCUCAAAAAAGUACAUGUCAAAAAUGUGACAACUUCAAUAUAAUUUUGAAAACCGAGCUUGAUGAUGUCAAGAAAAGAAAUACAGAGUUAGAAAAGACUCUGCAUCAGAGAAAGGCGGGAGCAGUAAAAACGCUAAAAAAGAAGGAAAUUGAUGAAGCAAAAAAUAGUAUAGGGUUAAAGCAUGUUGCUGUUUUCGACCUACAACGUACUCUACCAGUUCCUGCUUUGUCCACGUCUGUAGCCUAUUAUAAAAGGCAAAUGUGGGUUUUCAACUUAUGCAUCCACGACGAGGUGAGAAAUGUUGGACACAUGUUCAUCUGGGAUGAGAGUAUUGCUUCUCGUGGGGCGCAAGAAAUAGUGUCAUGUUUGAUAAAAUAUAUUUCUUUGCUGCCAGAUACUCCAAACAAAAUCAUUAACUUGUAUUCCGAUGCCUGCGGAGGGCACAGAAACAUUAAAGUUGUGUUGGGCCUACUUGAUGAAUUGCAGAAAAAUGGCGUUGGCGUCAAAGAGAUAAACUUGAAAUUUUUCGUGUCUGGGCACAGCUUUUCAACGUGUGAUCAGAACUUUGGCGUCAUAGAUAAAGAAAAAAAAUACCACGAAAAUAUUUACAAACCUGAUGACUGGGUAUCUGUUAUAAGGCAUGCUAAAAAGAAAUAG